AUGAACGCUGCCGCCGCCGUCUCCGCGCCGGUGCUCAACGGCGGCGCCCCGCGCAACGGCGCCUCGGACUUUUCGCAGGUGCUCGAGGCCAUCCACGCCGUCUACGCGCCCGCCUCGAGCAACGACACCCGCCGCCAGGCCACCGAGUACCUCGAGCACGCCAAGCGCGACCCCAAUGCGCCCUCGCACGGCUACACCCUCGCCGCCGACCAGGCCCAGCUGGUCCACGUGCGCUACUACGGCCUGGGCUUGCUGGAGUACUCGAUCAAGUACGGCUGGGACGACUUCAGCGCCGAGCAGGCCGCCGCGCUCAAGGACUACGUGCUCGAGCUCGCGCGCGACGUCACCGAGCGCGACCAGGCGUACUUCCGCAACAAGGUCGCGCAGCUGUGGACCGAGGUAGCGAAGCGCAGCUGGGGCGCCGAGUGGCUGAACAUGGACGAGCAGCUGGUCGCGCUGUGGACGACGUCGCUGCACCACCAGGCGAUUGUGCUGUACGUGCUGGAGACGCUGUCGGAGGAGGUGUUCAACCGCGAGGACGCGACCGCGGGGCUGCGCGGCAGCGACCUAGGCCGCGCGUGCGUCGAGAUCUUCACCCCGCUGCGCGUGCUGCAGGACCAGCUGCCCGCGCGCGACAAGAGCCUCGACGUGCGCUGCGGCGACGACGGCUGGCUGCGCCGUCUGUGCGACAACCUGCGCUGGGUGCUGGAGCAGGACUACCAGGGCCAGGAGGCCGUGCGGGCCUCGGGCAUCAAGACGAUGAACGCGCUGCGCGCCGCGAUGCCGUGGAUCAUCCCCAAGGCGAUUGCCGCGACCGAGGUCAUCGAGGCCGUCUGCAAGGCGCUGGCGGUGCCGGUGGUAGAACUGCAGCUGGCCGCUGUUGAGGUCCUGCAGGCCGUCUACAGCCGCAACCACCUCCACGACGACGAGUUCCAGCAGCUGGUGUGCCCCAUGUUCACCCCUGAGCGCGUGUUGCUGCUGCGCGAGGUGUACAACUGGACGCUGGCAGACAUGAACAUCGACGACCUGGACGACCAGAAAUACACCUUGUGUAAAAAGCUGUCCGAGCUGGCUAACAGCCUGGGCCUCUUCAUCGAACAAAAGCCGCAGAGCAUCCCCGAGGGCAGCGACCUUGCCGGGGUCUUUGGCUUCCUCUUCGAUAUCCUGCGGAACCCCAGCCUCGUCGUCUCAAUACCCGUGCUCCACUGCUGGACGAAACUACUGCGGUCGCGCGUCGUGCGAGACUCCGAAGUCGUUACUUCAAUGGUCGCCGGUCUUUUGGAGACAUGCUGUGCCCGUCUGAUCCGCUACGAGUCGCUGCCCGAGGACACAGCCGAUGUCACGCUGCAGUUCCUCAACGAAGACAUCGACACCGUGCCCGAGCGCCACGCCUUCCUCGGCAACUACCGCAGGUUCUGUGCAGACGUCAUUGAGGUGCUGGUCCGGCGGACGCCGGUCGAGGCCAUGCAGCACAUCCUGGCCCAGGCGACCAACAUGCUCUCCAACCUGUACAGCGACAAGCCGGCGUUCCAGCCGCAGACGUUCUCGAAAAACUCCGCGGCCGUGCUGCAGGUCGAUGCGCAGGUCACGGUCAUCGACGCGGCCAUCAAGGGGUACCUCAAGUGGCUGAACACGCAAGGCGAAGACAUGCAAGAGGACGAGCGGAAGCGCGCGACCAUGGAAAACUCGUUCGAGGAGUGGGGGCGGCAGAUCCUGCAAGCACGGUUUGAAGACCCGGAAAUCGCGAAGAAGGUCAUCACGCUCAUGUCUACAUUCUCAACCAAAGCAUUACCAGACCGCUCUGCCUUUGCCCUGAGUUUCCUUGAGUACAUGCUCACCAUCCGCCUGGCCGACAACCCCGAGUUUGCCCAGUACUCGGACGCGGUCAAGGAUCUCGAGCGCAUCUCCAGCUUGGAGAUGCAAAAGCUGGCGAUGAAAUUCGCCGAUGACUUCAUGAACGUAUACGACCAACUAGAGAACAAGGUCAACGAGAUGAUCGCUGACCCCACCACCGACGAGCGCCAGCGCAUGGCCUACUCCUCUUUCCUUUUCAUUAUCAUUCAUAGAUGCACGACACUAGACAAGGCGACGCAAGAGCAGCGCAUGCGGCAGAUGCUGACCCAGGUCAAGGACGCGUGGAGCAACGAGGGCUUCUCCGCGUCGAUCUCCGGCUUCCAGUCGUUCUGCAGUAUACUUGGCAUGGGCCAGCUGCCGGACUUUCUCGCCGCGAACAACUUCCGCGGCGUGCAGGACUGGUCGAACCAGCCGCUGGGGGCCGAGGGCCAGGCGCUGCAGGCGGCGGUGCUGGAGCGCUCGCAGCAGCUGCCGCUGCGGCUGACCAAGACGCUGCUUGCGGCCUCGACGGAGAAGCUGAGGGACGGCUCGCCGGCGUACGAGAUGGCGGCGGCGCUGUGGGCGGAGGCGAUCCCCACGCUGCUCCCGAAUCUGCUCCAGCUGGUCAGCCACGCGCAGGCCUUUAAUGAUAUCGACAGCAACUGGUCGCAUCUGCCGCCGGAGCUGCAGCAGGUCAUCCGCAGGGUGCUGACCGACCGGUUCUGGCAGGCCGGCAUCUCGACAGAGAGCAGGGAUGCCUUUUUCGCGAGAGUCAGCGGCUCCAAGUCGACGUACGAGGGCUUCGCGUCGACGAUCCGCGGGACGGUGCGCCAGAUCAGGGAGAGCUCGUACUACAUCCUGUACUCGCUGACCAAGUUCCGCGAGCACUUUUAUGGUAUUUCAGAGCUGCCCGGGCCGCUCAGCCAGGCGCUGUUCGGGCACGCCCACGCGCUCACCGCACACCACCUGUCGGUCCUGCUGACGGUCUCGACACACCUGAUCGAGGGGUGUCCGCCGCACCUCCGCUCGCACUUCCUGCCGCCCAUGAUCCAGGGCCUGUUCCGCGAGCUCGACCGCAAGAUCUCCGCCGAGUGGGACGAGGUCGCGCGCCAGAUCGCCGAGUCGGGCGAGAACGACAACCUGACCGACGAGAUGAAGACGGAGAGCAUCCUGCGCCAGCUCACCUACUCGUCCGUGUCGCUUGUCGCCGUGCUGCUCGACUCGCGGCAGGACUUCGGCCGCGACGACCCCUCCCGCGACCCCGCGACCCCGCUCAUCUCCGAAUACCUCCUCACGACCCCCGCCGUCCUCGAGCCCAUCCUCAUGUUCUGCAACUCCACCCUGCGCGUCCGCGACACCCGCUCCGUGGUAACCACCGUCCGCGUCCUGCGCACCCUGCUCCCGCGCUUCAAACCCCCCUCCCCGAUCCGCGAAUACAUCUGCAACACGCUCCUGAAAUCCGCAAUCACCUCGCUGCACGACCCAGCGCUCGUCGACGCGCACAAAGACAUCGCGAGCCUCAUCGCGGCGACGAUCGCGCUCGACCCGGAGACGCCGCGCGCCAUCAUCCUGUCUUUACCGGGUAUCGGCGACGCCGCGCGCGUGGAUCGUCGGCUGGCGAAACUCGCGAAUGCGAAUCGCUCAGAUGACAGGUUGCAGCGCGCGGUCGUGCUGGAUCUGCUGAGUAGUAUUAAGGGCGUGGGGAUCCAUGAGCAGGGCAGGAUUGUUAGGCAGGGGAAGGUGAGGAGUAAGGUGUUGGAGAGGUAUAUGGCUGUUGAUGGGGGUGAGGGGGAGGGGGGGCAGGGGCGGAAUAGGGGAGGGAGUCCGGAUUUGGGGGGGGUCGCGGAUAUGUUUGGGGGGGCGUAG